AUGCUCCUCCUCUACCGCAAGUACCGAACGGCCUACCUCGCGAGCGAAGACGCCGAGUAUCUGCGAGCAACGUGCACAAGCUCCAUCUUGCACGAAGACGACGGGCCCACGCAGUUUGUGGGUCUGCCGACGCCAGACGAGAAACGGGACAUG